CUCUGUACCAGUUCACAUAACACGACGAGACAUUUCAACAACCGCGACGAAGAUCGAGCAUGGGGGCUUGGACGUCAUGGACGGCGGCGGCAACGUCGUGGGACGUGGCAGGGAGAGUCGCGUUGAUGUACUUGGCAGUGCGUGUUGCCAAGACGCUGUGGGCGUGGAGCGACGCGUCCGACUCGUGUGCGCGAGGACACAAACACAGCUUCGACCCACAAGAUCUUGCUGGGCAUCGGCAUUACCGGUUCAGUGCGGACCGGACGUUAUGGUUGCGAACGCGAACGUGGCUGCCACCGUCGACAAGGGAAUGGAAGGGAGUGAUCUUCAUCGUUCACGGUUACAACGAGCAUAUUGCGCGGUACCAUUACGUCGGGGCGGCGUUGGCGCACGAAGGAUUCGCGGUAUUUGGAAUGGAUCAUCGAGGACAUGGACUAAGCGAAGGCGAUCGGUUGUACGUUGAGCACUUCGACCUGUACGUCCAGGACUUCGCCGCGUUUGUCCGCGAUACGUUGGCGCUGCACAGCGACUCUCGUCAUGUGAAGGAGUCCCGGCUGCACUUUCCCGCCAACUUGGCGUUGGCGUCGCUGCCGCGCUACUUGCUUUCACACUCUAUGGGCGGACUCAUUGCACUGCAACUCAUUCACAAUCACCCCGACAUCGAAUGGACGGGCGCCAUCAUGUCGUCCGGAGCGUUCCAGAUCGAAGCCAAAGCCAUCUCCCCUCUCGCCCAAGUCGUUGCAUCCAUCGUGAGCGCCAUCUUUCCCAAGUUUCGACCGCCGAAUCCAGAGCUUCAGAACAUCGUCAAGGACCCCAGCGAGCAUGAGCGGGCACUUCGAGAUUCGUUCAAUUACAAAAUUGGACCGACGGCGCGAUGGGUGGCGGAAUUCGUCAAAGCGACGCAAGAAGCGCCGGCGUUGAUGCCGUCGAUUCGCACGCCGUUGUUGAUCUUUCAUGGAGAGUUGGACGCCGCGACGCCGCCACAGGGAAGUGCAGACCUGUACGCGACCGCGGGAAGUGUCAUCAAGGAGAUCCAUGUGCUCCCGAAGAUGUACCACGAGCUCCUGCACGACUCGUGCCGCGAAGACAUGUUGGGCACCAUGGUCAAGUGGUGCAAUCGCGUGCAAAAGAAAGCAUAAACGACACGAGAAACGUGAAUCAAAAGUACAUGUCAUCGAAGA